AUGGCGACGCCCGAAAGCGCUCCUAUUGCUCCCUCCAUCCCGUACCUCGAGUUCGCCGAAUUGAGUUCCACUGCAGAUGGCGCCGGUCCAGCUGUCCCAUCUUUGUCAGAGCGCUUAGCGGACCUCGCACACCUCGCAUCGGCAUCGGUAUCGACAUCGACAGAGAACGAGCACGAGGAUGAAGCGGCACAGUCAAUACACUCCCAUCUCGAUGCGAUUGAAUCCAUACUUCGGGACCCACGCCCGGCGCUGUCGCGUGAGGUAGCAAAAUGUCGACCGGAUGGUGUUUCUUACGGUAGAUUCGAUAGAUCUCGUGCAUCAAGUCUUUCGUCACAAGCCCCAGAUCAAAAAAGCAACGGACCGCAUAUUGAGAAUGGGUUCAAUAAGACGGAGAUGCUGGCGCAGCUGUCGGCUCUGCUGACCGAAGUAAAUGGGCUGCAUGCGCAGGUGGGAGACCGUCGCAAGGAGACGAGUGAGAUAUGUGAUCUUUAUGAAGAGCGGUGUCGCUGCUUGGAAAGAACAGUGGCUGAGCUGGAGCUGGAAGUCAUGGAAUUAAAAUCAGACCUGGUCGAAGAUGCCGUCGAAUUGGAAGGGAUUCAGGGAACGAUUCUUGGCCUCCAGACAUGGAUCGAUAGUCUCCAAGCGGAGCAGGUUAUGCUUCGACGACAACGAUAUCUUGCGCAGCAUAAGGCGCGACAGAAGAGAUGGGCCAAUGGCCAGAAAAAUGGCGACUAUGAUGAUCUCGGGGCCGAUACGAAGGUCGAUGAUGUCCUGGAAGGACUCGAUGCAUGGAUGCGUGGGCUGCGAGAUGUGGAAGAGGGGUUCCGAUCUCGGGCACGAGCAAGGCGCACAAGACGAGAACGGAGACGGGAGAUGCUUGAGGAAACACCCGGGGUGGAGAAGAAAGACGAAGGUGCAAAUGUAGAUACCGAUGCUGGAUUGUGGAGUAGAGCCUUUCCAGCCCAGCUGCUUUGA